AUGUCUGAUAGUAUUUCUCUGAUCACUCUAAGGACUGACGAGGACUUUUUCAGCAACUAUGACGAAGAGUUGGGAGGCCUCGGUGCUCUGCAAUACCACCUGGGCAAAAACAAGGGCUAA